CAGCCGUCGCAAACUAUAUCACACCAUCCAAACCACUCAACACUACAUACUCGACAUCUAACACACAACACACGACACACGAUACUCUACACUAAUACUAACACUAGAAUACCAAUCGCAUAAAAAUGGCUGCAACUCAGAAAGCUCUUAUUAUCCAGGAGGGAAACGUCGGCAAGGUCGUAACCGACGCACCUAUUCCCAAAGUGCGCCCCGGCUACGUCAAGGUUAAGACGGUGGCUGUUGCUCUAAACCCUACCGACUGGAAGCACAUUGACGGCGUUGGAAUUGCUGGCAGCCUAGUUGGUUGUGACUACUCGGGCAUCGUCGAGGAACUAGGACCCGACGUCACAAAUUUCAAAGUUGGCGACAAGAUCGCCGGCUUCGUCUCGGGCGCCAAUUCGAGCAACGCAGAAGACGGUGCCUUCGCCGAGCACAUCGUAGCGAAAGCAGCUCUUGCCACCAAGGUCCCCGACAACAUCACCCUGGAACAGGCGUCGACGCUAGGUGUGGGCAUCACCACGGUCGGCCAAGGGCUCUACCAAUCGCUAGGCCUCCCCUGGCCCACCGAGCCGGCCAAGAAGCCCUUCCCGGUUCUGAUCUACGGAGGUAGCACUGCAACUGGAACCCUGGCAAUCCAGUUCGCGAAAUUAUCCGGUCUGCAGGUCAUCACGACGUCCUCGCCCCACAACUUCGAUCUCCUGAAGAGCCUGGGCGCAGACGCGACUUUCGACUACAAGUCGCCGACCGUGGGCGCGGACAUCCGCGCCUUCACCAACGACGGCUUGGAGUACGUGUUCGACUGCAUCGCGGAGGGCUCGGCGCCCGAGAUCUCGGCGCAGGCGCUCAGUUCCAAGGGCGGCAAGUACAGCUCGCUGCUGACGGUCGAGAAGUUCCCCCGCGACGACGUCGCCAAGCUCCAGACCCUGGCGUACACGGCGACGGGCGAGACGUUCGUCAAGCUGGGCCACGAGUUCACUGCGAACCCCGCCGACCUCGAGUUCGGCACCAAGUUCUGGAAGCUGGCCGGGGAGCUGCUGGCUCAGGGCAAGGUUAAGCCGCACCCGGCGGAUAUUCGCGAGGGCGGCCUGGACCGUAUCCUCGAGGGGCUGGAUGAUCUGCGACAGGGACGGGUUACUGGGAAGAAGAUCGUUUAUAAGAUUUGAAGGUGGAUGAGCUGAUGAAAGGGGAAAAUUGGAGCGGUUGGGAUGGUGCUAGGAAGCCAAUUAUAGUGCAUCCUGGGUGUGGUAGGCCGUGUUAAGUACCUAGAUACCUUAAGUGUUUUAGAGUCUUAUAAACGGUGGACUCUUAUGAUUAUUGUGAUGUUUAAUCAUUGUCCUAGCUUUAGAUUCGGUAUUAAACUCCAUUUACUUAUUUACAUUCUCACGGAUGUAGCCAAGUGUGCCCGACUAUACAAUAUUAUCAGCAGGUUUUACCAUUGUUAGUAUGUCGAGUGAUUUAUAAAUAGAGAUGAUAAAUAGAGAUGUUGAUGUUUAAAGAUCGUACUUUGAGGCUUUAAAGCUGAACCCCCUCCGUUUUUGUAACUUGAGCUGAUACGCAAUCGAAUACAGGUUAUCCUUUAUAUAGUGUAUAUCUUCAUCUAUUAUUCAGCGUCCAUAUCCUAGGUUUUUACCUAUCUAAUAAAC